GGCUUUGCCCACGCGGUGGCCCCGGCUGAUCCCGGGCGCCCGGUCCUCGCGGCGCAGCGCCCACGGGGUCGGUGGCGAGGGCGGCGCCUGGGCCGGCCAUGAGCUCGCCGCCGCCCGCCCGUAGGGGCUUCUACCGCCAGGAGGUGACCAGGACGGCCUGGGAGGUGCGCGCCGUGUACCAGGACCUGCAGCCCGUGGGCUCGGGCGCCUACGGCGCGGUGUGCUCGGCGGUGGACAGCCGCACUGGCGCCAAGGUGGCCAUCAAGAAGCUGUACCGGCCCUUCCAGUCCGAGCUGUACGCCAAGCGCGCCUACCGCGAGCUGCGUCUCCUCAAGCACAUGCGCCACGAGAACGUCAUCGGGCUGCUGGAUGUGUUCACUCCUGAUGAAACCCUGGAUGAUUUCACAGACUUUUACCUGGUGAUGCCGUUCAUGGGGACUGACCUGGGCAAGCUCAUGAAGCACGAGAAGCUGAGUGAGGACCGAAUCCAGUUCCUCGUCUACCAGAUGCUGAAGGGGCUAAAGUAUAUCCAUGCUGCUGGCAUCAUCCACAGGGUAGGUCCUCGUGGUGGUGGGAGGUCCCCCUGGCCUAUAGGUGAGGGAGGGGCCUGGCUGCCUGGAGCCCCCAUCGCGGGGGCACAGCUGUUGGGGGCGAGAGACCAGUGCCCUUCUUGGAAGGGCUGCUGGGUGGGGCUGACCGGAGGUGGGGAACGGGGGCUCUUCUCUGCGUAUGCCCCCAUGGGAGGGGCUGCGCGGCCACCUCUCUCCUGCCCCCAGGACCUGAAGCCCAGCAAUCUGGCAGUGAACGAGGACUGUGAGCUGAAGAUCCUGGACUUCGGCCUGGCAAGGCAGGCCGACAGCGAGAUGACCGGGUAUGUGGUGACCCGGUGGUACCGGGCACCCGAGGUCAUCUUGAAUUGGACGCGCUACACGCAGACGGGUGAGAAGCUGCCCAGAGACGCAGAGCCGCCCUGGCGCCAGCCUCCCGGGCCACACCCCCCGGCUUCCAAUUCUUCAUGGGAAGUCCGGGGCCGGCUCCUCCCCGGGAAGGCUGCUGAGCUGGGAUGGGAGCCUGUGGACAUCUGGUCGGCGGGCUGCAUCAUGGCGGAGAUGAUCACAGGGAAGACGCUGUUCAAGGGCAGUGACCACCUGGACCAGCUGAAGGAGAUCAUGAAGGUGACCGGGACGCCUCCUGCCGAGUUUGUUCAGAGGCUGCAGAGUGCCGAUGCGAAGAACUACAUGAAGGGCCUCCCCGAGUUGGAGAAGAAGGAUUUUGCCUCCAUCCUGACUAAUGCAAGCCCUCUAGCCGUGAACCUUCUGGAGAAAAUGCUGGUGCUGGAUGCAGAGCGGCGGGUGACUGCGGCUGAGGCGCUGACCCACCCCUACUUCGAGUCACUGCAGGACACGGAGGACGAGCCCACGGCCCAGAAGUAUGAUGAGUCCUUUGAUGAUAUGGAUCACACGCUGGACGAGUGGAAACGUGUCACAUACAAAGAAGUGCUCAGCUUCAAGCCUCCCCGGCAGCUGGGGACCAAGGUCUCCAAGGAGACGGCUCUGUGAAGACCCCUGGGCCCUGAGAGGUGGUGAGGAUGCCUUGGGGAUCCUGGCUGGGGCUCCUACCUGGAAGGGCGAUCCUAACGAUCACUGUGACUUGGCUGAGGCUUAUGUCCCAGGAGACCUCUGGCUCCACGGAUCCUCCCACCCACCCAAGGCUGUUACCCUGCUCUCAAGGCUCCCACUUCAGUCUAAACUUGGGGGAACAUCUGGACCUUCUGGACAGGAUGUCAGCCUGACCGGGGACUGGCCUCUGACUCCCUGAGCGGUGGUCCCCUCCCCCAGAUGCAACAACAAGCUUCAGAGCCUGUGUGGGGCUGGGAGGUGAGGCGUGGGGUCAAGGCCUGGCCUCUGACCUUGCCUGCUCCAGCCCCUGCCGAAGCCCAGCUGAAACAGCUGAGAAAGGACAGGGUGGGCGCACAGUGCCUACUCAGGGACGUCUGUCCUGGGGGGGUGUGGCUGUGGACUCCCCUGCACCCCCAGCCCAGAAUGGGCCAUGCCGACACAGCUGGAAGGAAUAAACCCUUUUGUAGAGAGCA